CACGUCUAUUUUGACAACGAAAUCGCGUGUGACUGUGACAAACCAUUUCUCCUACUCGGGUCGAUUGCAAGCCACGCUUCGCUUCCGAUCGACGCAUCAUACAGAAUGAGAACAAGUGGAUGACAUCAGAUGGUUGGUCUAUAUGCAUCAACCAUCGUCCGCCCGGGACUCAUCAUCUCAUGGAAGGAGCCGGAGGCACCAAGCUCAGCCACCACCAUUACGAUAGCAGACCAGCAGCACCGCCGGACGGCGAUGUCUGCUCCAGUUUGCUCUGCAGCCUUCUCAACAAAUCUGCCUUGCUCUACCUCAGCAUCAACGUCAUCGUCUCCGCUUACCAUUCGCGCAGCACCCCAUCGACGCUAACCUUCAUCCUUUUCUCUUACUUCGACCUGCUGUCUCUCUUCUUCUGCCUCAGGCGGUUCGAGAGGCUUGGUCCGGGCAGCUCGCCGGAAAAGAAAGCGAGGAUGAAGGCGGCUAUUUGGCUGCUGGCCACGGCGCUCAACCUCGCUUUUGCUUGGAGAGUCUCCGGGACCGUGCCAUGGCAAUUAGCAGCUGCCGUAUGGGCCUUAUCAGGAUGCGUUGCUAUUGGCGGAUUCUAUGGCUUCUUCCUGUACAAAGAGCAUGCUUAGUAUUGGCCUCUUGAAGUAUAAAUUAAAUGCAAACCAUAUAUGUGCUCGGAUAAUGAUCGAUCCAUAUUAUGGUGCUUCUUUUGCUACGUUCUUGUGAACGAUCAUGUUGGUCUUUCUACAUAAAUUGACAAUGAAUAUGUGAUUA